AUGCCGCUAGUGCCGCAGGACGUAAGAAGAGUGAGUACCCGUUCAAUGUCAGAAGCGCAGCGUGUGAGGGAAGAGGGUGCUACAGCUCAAACCAGCGAUGCAGAAGCCAAGCCUGUGCAGGUGGAUCUUCUGCUACAGCUGCAGCAAAUGAUGGCAGAGCAAGCGCGCCGCCAAGAAGAGCAAGCGCGCCGCCAAGAGGAGCAAGCACGCUGUCAGGCAGAACAGCUACAGGAGCAAGCACACUGUCAGGCGGAGCAGCUACGGGAGCUGAAAGAGAUGCAUAAGGAUUUCACGAAGGGACUGCAAAAGGCUGUCGAACGGGUACAGGAAGUGGAGGAAGGGUUAGGCAAGUUGGAACAUCGCGUCAUGGCCAUAGAGGAGAGAGUGGAAGAAGAGAUCUCCAAAAUCAAGCAGGAAAUGACAAGCCCAAGCCCUUUGAAGAGCCGAAGCCGUCUUGCAGCCGUUUUUGACGCCCCAAAUGCGGCCUCAAGCGCAACGAAAGGGCUCAAGAUUCCCCAUUACGACGGAACAACAUCCUGGACCGCGUUCAAGCUACAGUUCGAGACACUUAUGGAGGCUUAUGGUUGGACUCAGAAGGAAGCACAGUCAGCCCUCACCCUGGCCCUCCGUGAUCAAGCGCUCUCAGUGCUGGAAGCUAUCGGCGCAAGUGGGGAUCUCAGCUUUAGUGCCCUCCUCGACGCACUGGAGGCACGUUUUGGAGACAGCCACCUCGAGCACGUGUACAGAGCGCAAUUAAAAGAGCGUACUCAGCGUGCUAAUGAGAGCCUACAGCAAUGGUCCGUGGAAAUCGAGAAACUUGUGCGUCGAGCUUUCCGGUCGACUCCGUCAAUGAUUGAAGGCACGCUUCUCCAAGCAUUCAUUGACGGUAUUCGGGACCCCGAAGUACGAGCUGCUGUUCAUCUGGGCCAUCACAAGAACAUGAAAGAAGCUCUGGCCCAUGCAUUGGAAGUGGAAGCCGUGCGUGGCAACUCCCGUACCUUACGUCUGCGGGAAAUGACGACAACGGAGCAGGUACCUCCACGCCGUCGGAACUUCAUGUGCUAUGGAUGCGGAGAGCGUGGGCACAUGCGGAGCGACUGCCCGAAGAAGUGUGCUUUCGGUCAUGGUGUACAGGUUGAGGUUAAUACGCUAGACGGCAUAGUACAAGGUUACAAUGUGGGAACUAUUAGCAUGUUCCGUGGCAUUCCUUACGCUGAAGUCGACGAAAACAAUCCUUUUGCGGACGCCCACCCGUAUCCACACUUUGAUAAACCAUUCGUGGCCAUCGACGACUCGACAAUAUGUCCUCAAUACGUGAACGGAAUAAAAGGCAGCAUCCAAUGUUUACGAGUCAACGUUUACACGCCUCAAGACGCCCACCCCGGCCUUGCGCUGCCAGUAAUGGUAUUUCUACAUGGUGGGGCAUUUUAUGAAGGAAGUGGCUCCCUCACGGAUUGGGCACCAAACUUUCUCAUCAAACACAACGUCAUCCUAGUCACUGUUAACUACAGACUGGGCCCAUACGGAAAUCUAUGCAUACCGAACACACAGUACAAUAACCAAGGCUUGAAAGACCAGGUGUUAGCAUUAAAAUGGGUGAAAAGUAACAUUAAAAGUUUUGGCGGUGAUUCUGAUAAUGUCAUCCUGUUCGGACAUAGCGCUGGCUCCAUAUCCGCAGAUAUACAUUUACUGUAUAACAAUGAUAAUUUGUUUAAUAAAGUUAUACUACAGAGCGGGCAAGCUGUGACGCCGCUUAUAAAUGACGCCACGCCUUACAAAAAAUACGCCACCGAUAUCGGUAUGACGGACGAAAAUAUCGACAUUGACCGUUUCAUUCAAAAAUUAUCAUCAAUUAGUGUUGAAACGCUUAUAAAUAAUACGAAAAAUUAUACUUUCCGUCCUUGCAUCGAUGGUAACUUUAUAUCGAGUGUACCGCCAAAGAAAAACUUACAAAACGUCAAAAUAAUCGUCGGAGCCACAGAUAAAGAAAUGCUAUUUUUCUAUAGAGAUGAGACAUCGUUUGAAAAUUUCGAUUUUUCAUCGGAACUAGAUAGGCCAUUUGAUUAUUCGAUGUUAAAUCCGAAUGUUAUCGAUGAAAUUAAAGAAAAAUAUAAUUUAAAACUGAAUAAAGAUGAAUUGAAGGAUUCCACAAUUGAUUUCGGAUCAGAUUUAGCGUUUAAUUACCCUACGGAGAGAAGUAUAAGGUAUUACUUACAAAAUAAUGCCACAGUAUAUAGAUACGUUUUCAAAUAUGAUGGGGAUAGAAACUUUGUGAAGAAACGUGAACACAUCACGUGGCCCGGAGCUACUCAUGGCGACGAGUUGGGAUAUAUAUUUGACAUAAUGACAUCUAACAAAAUCACUGAUUUACAUGUCGUAGACUGGAUCGGUCUGCUGUGGACGAAUUUCGCUAAAUAUGGAAAUCCAACACCACCACCGCCUUCAAAGGAGCUUCCAGUAACUUGGUCACCAAUCUCUACGCUCUCAGAGCCUUAUCUACAGAUAGGCAAAGAACUAACUAUUUUGAACGAGCCGCUAAAAACAAGGAUGGCAUUCUGGGACUCCUUGUACAAGCAACACGGGAAGUAUGCUAAAGGAAUCAAUUUGGGAGAAAAAUGGUGGUCUGAAUCAUAAUACAAGACUUCUGCCAAGUCUUUAUAUAUUAAUAUGAAACAUAUUUCAUAU